AUUAUCCUCCACAGCUAUCUGGACCAUUAAAAUGUGCCGAUAUGAACUCCAACUGCCAUCCCAUUCUCACAUCUCUCUCUCGACAACAGCGCUCCUCCAAUGUCUUCAGCCUUCCUACCGUCUCGAGGACAGUGCACCCAGGUCGCUGACAACAUCCAACACUGUCAGUGUCCAUGGUUCACGUCGACCCUGGUGGAUCAGUCCGUCUGCAUUAGUUGUGGGCACGGUAUUCACGUGCAUGUCGACUACGUUUCGAUGGUUGUCCAUCAUCAUCCCCCAACUCAAUGUGUUGCCUAUGUACAAAAGACACCUCUAGCACAACGUUGCACCUGUGAAGCUCAGCUUUUCGACCACGUCGCUGCGAACAACUCGUACCGUUCUGUAGAGCCAUGGAACAUUUUGAAUUAUUUCCAGGACAGCGAUAUCCCUUAUUCCAACUUGACCCUCCAUUCCCACGACCCCAAUGGUUCAUUCGCUCCGAACACUGUCACGUCAAUGUCUACUUUAUCCCCUGGUUUCCUCUAUGCAUUCAGCUCUCCCGGCAAUGUGGAGAACAUUCUCUUUACUUCCACCUACAUUUCCUCUCCUUCAUCCAGCAUCCAACCUGAUAUCGCUGAGGCCCAAGCAUAUAACCCAUAUGGUUAUUUCACUCAACAUCCGGAUUCUUUCACGAACAACUCCUAUGCUGGUCAGCCAGGCGGAGACGCGACAAGUUUCGAAUACCAGGAUUAUUCGAAUCUAGUUUACCAUCUGACAUCUGAUGCCUAGG